AUGUCCUGCAAGCUUGCAGUCGUCGCCCGCAAAGAUCUGGGCAUGUCUGCAGGUAAGCUGGCUGCGCAGGUGGGCCACGCAGUGCACGACACCGUGACCGAAUGCGAUCCGAAGAAGUUGGACGCGUGGGAAGAGGACGGCUCCAUGAUUGUAGUGUUGGAAGCCAAUUCUGAGGAGGAGCUCAAAGGCCUGGAGGCGUUGGCAAAGCGGCAAAGCUUGCAGGUCGCGCCUAUAACGGACGAGGGUCUGACGGAGGUGGAAGAUGAGACAUUGACCGUGCUGGCCAUCGGCCCCGAUGCAUCCAAGAAGGUAGACACCGUGACGGGCAAGCUGAGUCUCUAUCGCGACGAGGCUGCUGAGCUACGCGAGAAGCUCAAGGCGGCAGAAAGCGAGCUGGCAAAACUGAAGGAGCGUUCUGAGAUGUGA